AUGGAAAGCUUGCCGGUUGAGAUUUUGACACAGAUAAUAAGUGAUGUAUUUACAGAUGAUACCAUCUUCCAUCUGGACCACUGCCUCGAUCUAGCCUUAGGCUGUCAGUCGUGGGUGGAUCUCGGAAAUUCGACAGAGGGCGCCUCUGAGGAGUAUAUUUCCUACUUUUUUGAAGAGCAUGGUACGAAGGAAUCCGACCUCCGCUAUGGCAUCCUUAGAGCAGCCAGCCCUCGUCUAAAACCUCACCUUCUGGACUGGUGCAUGGCAACGUCUACCAGUCGAUUCAUGCGCAGGAUAUCCAAAGCACUGUUUUUCGCCUGCAAAACAGUGGCCAUGCAUGAACGCACGGCUGAUAAGCUUUGGAUGAACGAAAUCGAAAACAUGAGCUCCGAAAACCAAAAACUAGCCAUCAAACAUAUACGAUCUCUUAUCCUUAUCAAAUCGGGCCCAGGCGAGACUUCUCUGACAUCCUUGUGUGGGCUGCCCCGCCGUAUUUCUGCAUUCUCGAACUUACGCCGCGUUGAUCAUAUGUUUUCGGUUAGCACGCCUCCAAGUGCUCGUUGGUGGAAGAAGCCAAAGAUUGAGCGGAUCGAUAUGCCAGACGAGUUGAAGGACAUUCUGUUUCCUCAAGGCAUGCCCAGGGGUAACCUGAAGAUAUCGAUGGUGCCAGCUGUAGAGGUGGGCGUUUUUCAUAAGAAAUCGUAUUUGGAUAUGUUGAAAAGGGACCUCUAUCCCGUACUCAGAUAUAUCGCCUCCCGUGGGGCUAUGAAGGCAGUGGAGGACACGGUUUAA